GCGGCUGGGAAGGGCUGAGAUGGUGGCUUAGGACGGCUGUGCAUCGCAGCCCCGACUAAGAAGCAGAUCAGGCUCUUCAAAAAUGUCUGGCCGUCUCUGGAUCGAGGUCUGGCGGAAGAUACGAAAGGAAACCAUUUCGCCCCCUACGUAACUGAGGUGACAUAACUGCACGACUCCCGCGACCCAAAACCCUCCUUCCUCCCGGUUUCAACGAAAGCCAACCCUCGCUUCCGGCGUGCUUCCGUCACUUCCUGUUCCGAAAAGCGUUUCUCCGGGACACUUCCGUCGAGCUAACUUUCAGAGAGACGAAAGGCUAGAGCCGAAUGCAGCACUGCCCCCAUAAGCACUUCCGGGUCUACCCCCCCCACACACUCUUUACAAUCCCGAGCUAAGCACACGUAGUGAUGCCGAGGGAUAACGCGAGCGUGCUCUUUGUCCAUGGAUAAAUUUUUGAAAGAACGACGGCGAAUUCAGUUGCUUUUCCCCGGAAAUCCAACAUUUGUCACUGCUCUUGAUCUUUCCUAGCUCUAUGGGCUGCAGGAGCGUGGCUGGACGGUAAAGAGGAUGGCGGUGGCGACCCGGCUUCGUCCUCUGGCGGUUUGGGGUCUCCGAGCUCCUCCGCCGCGCUGGCCUUCCCUUCGCUGUCGUGCUCAGCCCUUGGCUACAGGGCCGCCGGGGGAUAAGCCGCGGGAAGGGCCCAGCAAACCUGGGGUGAGCCAGUCCCGCUCCAGGGGGAGCCGCUGCUCCUGGGCGCAUCCAGGGAAGAGCAGGGGCGCGGCGGGGCAGGGCGGGGAGGAGGCGCACGUGGAGCCCUGGAGGGAGACAAAUGGGUUUCGGUCUGCUUGAUGGUGCCUCUUCUCUUGUUCGGCCGCUGCAGGGCUGCGAAGCGACACCUGCUGACCAAAUGCACCCCCUUUUGCAUUUCCGCUUAAGUUGUGCAGGCGGAGCUACUUCUCGCCCCUUGCAUGGAGGAGAUGCGAGAGCCCCUGAAUCUCUUUUCCAAAUCUUAAGUUGCUGCUUUUAGCUUCGCUGGGUUCAAGCGGUUGUCUGCCUGAGCUGGUUGCUGUAUAGGCAGGGGUUCUCAACCUCUUUUUUCAUGCCCCACCUAGGCAUCUCUAAAAUCCUGAUGCCCUUCCCCGUGACAUAUAAUUCUUAUUCAUCAAAAAGUGAACUCCUAUUCACGUGGAGGAAGCCUAAAAGGUCACCCUUGACCAUUAGGUCCAGUCGUGACCGACUCGGGUUGCAGUGCUCAUCUCGCUUUAUUGGCUGAGGGAGCUGGCGUACAGCUUCCGGGUCAUGUGGCCAGCAUGAUUAAGCCACUUCUGGCGAACAAGAGCAGUGCACGGAAACGCCGUUUACCUUCCCACCAGAGCAGUACCUCUUUAUCUACUUGCAGUUUGAUGUACUUUUGAACUGCUAGGUUGGCAGGAGCAGGACCAAGCAACAGGAGCUCAAACCCGAACCUCCAACCUUCUGAUCGGCAAGUCCUAGGCUCUGUGGUUUAACCCAUAGCACCACCCGCGCCCCAAAAGGUCAUUGUUGUUGUUUCGUAGUUUAGUCGUGUCCGACUCUUCGUGACCCCAUGGACCAGAGCACGCCAGGCACUCCUGUUUUCCACUGCCCCCCCUUAAAAAUCAAAUUCCCCCCCUGUGGGGCGUGUGCCCAACGUUGGGAACCACAGCUAUACAGUAAGCCUGCAAUUUACGCUACGUUCUGGGGAUCACGCCUAAAGCUGAAAUCACUUAUAGUCAAAUGGUUCAGUGGUGGGUGGAAUUGCCAAAGUUUCCCCCAUCCCAGACACCCAUCCCCUUCUUAUUAUAUAUUUAUUUAGCCAAGCGUGUAAAACGGAAUGCGCACACGUUAAUUGUGUGUAAGUUGCAUGCUUACUGUACCGUAUUUCGAUUAGGGAAAUGUUGAGGAGAUGGAAGGUGCAAGAAGACCGAGCUUUUGCUUACCGAAACAAGGUAGUGACUUGGAAGUUGAAUGAGGAAGUUGGCUUGGUGAGCAAGUCUUUUAUUUACAUGUGCACUUCUUUUUCCUCCUCUUUCCCAGUAGCCUGUAACUUGGAAGACUCUGGCAAUUACUUGUGCUGUUGGAGGAAGUCUGCUAGCAGCAAUGAAGUUCUUCAAGAAAAAGAAAGAAGAAAGUAUGUAAAACUUAAUCGUGUCUAUUGUAGAGUCAUUUUUCACCCUGCUGCACAGAUGCAAAGGCUUUGUGUUCUUUCUUGGCUGUGUGAAUAUUUUGCGGAUGUAGCUCACUGAGUGCCUAUCCUCACUGCCCUUACCUGUGCUUAAGGUCUAAACUAUUACGUGAGAAAAGGUUUUUGAUCCUAAGAGAUUAUCGCUUCUCCUAGCUUUUACCCAGCAACUUUCUUACCCCUCUCUUGUUAAGAUGAAUCCCUUAAUGCUGUAGUUGAUGCAAAGGUAGGAGAACUACUACCAUGAAAAUAUAUGGUAAAAGAUAAAAAAAGCAGUGGGUCCCAAAUGCAUCCUGGGUGUGAAAAUAUUGAUACCUGCAGUAGAUGUUUUCCGAUAACUGUUUUCAGAGUCACUAGAAUUGCUUAAAGAAGCACCUGAGUAUUAUGAAGUUUAGCUAGUGAACUUUUUAGUUGAUAUUUGCUUCUGAUAAGGCGAAAAGUACUUCUAAGACAAAUGGGAGGGAGCGUGUCCCAAAGCAUGUUCCAAAUCCCUUGGGUGAAGAGGCAACAAGAGAAGAGAAAAAUGAUUGAAGGCUUUGAAACUUUUUUGAAACUUGCAAUCAAGUACCUGACAUUGCUUGCAUUUAUUUUGUAACACUUAUUUCCCCUUGCCGCUUUUGGCUUUUUUAUUGUCAUUUAACCCCACCGCCCUGCCUCAAGAUGCUGGACAUUACCAAUACAAAUCUAUAGUUAAUGGAGCACCCUCAUCUACAGUGAGCAUGGCAAUAUCAAGAGUAUUGGGUGGGAGUGGGGAACUCAAGCCAGAUUCUAGUACUAAAGAGCGAUACAAACUUAGCUGUCAUAAAGGAAGUGUGGGAUGGGGAAAGAAUAUAGUUGCAGCUUUGCUGGCAGUGCUAUAGAAUCUCUUAAGCUGGAGUGGUAGGCAGGUAACCUUCCACUGUGGUUUGAUUUCAGAGGCGGAGAAGGAGCGGAAAAGGGCUCUUGGAAAGCCAUUGCUGGGAGGCCAUUUCUCACUCGUCGAUCACCAUGGUCAGCCCAAAUCGGAUCGUGACUUUCUGGGCCAAUGGGUGUUAAUCUACUUUGGUUUUACACAUUGCCCUGACAUUUGCCCAGAAGAACUGGAAAAAAUGGUUCUUGUCAUCGAUGAAAUUGGUAAGUAAGCCAUACUGAAGCCCAAACUCUCCCUGAAAUAACUCUUCAUAGAGAAGAAUCUCAUUAUGUUCUCUAGGUUAAUGUUUUUAGCCUGUGUUGUUGCUCAGGCAGUGGCAGAUUUAUAUAGGUCUUCAAGGUCUGCACAGAAUUACCCCCUCUCCCCCUAGUUAUUAAUAUACAUUGUUAAUUGAGAAGAUACCUCUGAAACGUGACUACCAACAAUAAAUUGUGUUCUAGUCGGUUGCAUUGCUUCCACUCUUCAUUUCUCCUACUCCUUAAUUAAAGUCAGUGGUAAGUAGGUCCAUUAUAGCAUGGGUGGCCAGCACAAUGCCUGUGAAGACCUUCAUUGGUGGCCCUGAACAGGUGACAUAGGUGGGACUUUGUUCUCAUAGAGCUUAGCUGAAAUAGACAGCAGGAAAAAUAGGAGGGGAAUGCAAGUAAAGGGAUGAAGUAACGUGAUGAGAAGCUGUUACGUGUACUGAAAACUUGGCUGCAGAAAAGAUGGCUUUUGAAGAACAGGAGAGAGUUGGCACCAUGCCCAAGUUCUGGGAGGGAGUUCCACUUGCAGGGGCAGCAAGGAAGAGAGGGCCAGUCACUUAAGGAAGCAGGAAAUCUUUAAUCAGCUGUAAGUGAUAAAAGUUGGAGGAGCAGGAAUCAUGUAAGACAGAUAAUUAAUUACCAGCAGUUGUGUGGGUAAAGGGACCCCUGACCGUGAAGUCCAGUUGUGGACGACUCUGGGGUUGCAGCGCUCAUCUCGCUUUAUUGGCCGAGGGAGCUGGCGUACAGCUUCCGGGUCAUGUGGCCAGCAUGACUAAGCCGCUUCUGGCAAACCAGAGCAACGCACAGAAAAGCCGUUUACCUUCCCGCCGGAGCGGUACUUAUUUAUCUACUUGCACUUUGACGUGCUUUUGAACUGCUAGGUUGGCAGCAGCAGGGACCGAGCAAUGGGAGCUCACCCCGUCGCAGGGAUUUGAACCGCCGACCUUCUAAUCAGCAAGUCCUAGGCUCUGGUUUAACCCACAGCGCCACCCGAGUCUCACUAGUUGUUGUGGGUUAAGCCUGUAAAUAACUUAAGUAAAUAAAGUAAAGUAAAGUAAGUAAAGAUGACUUUACGCUGGUAAUGGAAGGGGGAUAUGAAGUAAUAAAAUAUUUUGUGUAAAUUGGUAGAAUAUGAAGUCACGUACUGUACAGAAUGGAGCUCUGCCUUUUUGAGACCUGAAACUUACCUAGAUAUGCCUGCAGUUUACUAAUCUGCCCUUAGUAAAAGCGAACUGCUGCCCCCUAGUGGCAGUAUUUUCAUUUCACUGUUGUGGAUAGCAUCUCCUUGUGGCAUAUGAAAAUUCCAUUCAUCUGCUGCAGAAAUGGAAUUUCAUAUUCAUUUCUGGAGUUCUUGUCAAAGUGUAUGGGCUGGCAUUCUCUAGUACACCUGCUAGAAUGUUUCUUUACUAAUAGAAUAUACAGAUUACAAAUAGCUAACGUGGAGCUUCUUGGAUGCAACAUAUUUCUUUUGAAAAGAACUAGAUUUAUGGGUAAUAGCUAACCUUCUUCAGGUAGAGCUACUUUUCCUACACAAUAUUCUUGAAAUGACAAUAUUCCUUUUUAAAUCACUUACGCUUAUUUCCCAGUCUUUUCCUGUUAUUACGCAGUGCCUCCAUCUCCCUGGCUGCCAUCUUCUGCCCUGGGACCUGCCCUGCUGGAGGGCAGGUAAUAAAUUUAAUAAUAAUUAAAAUGUAUAUUUUUUUAAUUUUCCAUUUUACCCAUUAAAAUUUCUGCAGAAAAUAACCAGGGUUUAAACAGACUGUGAACAGAUACAGACUGUAAAUAUUAUAUGCAUAGGUUUUUAAAAAUAUAUAUAUAAGAAUCUGAGUGCGCAAAUAUUUGUUCCUGUGCAUUAGGCCUUCAAGCUGUGGCCUAUAAUUGGGGUCCCUGAACAAUGGUUUUCAGUCUUUUCAGGACCCUCAUUUAACUUCAGCCUGAAAAACAGGGCCUGUUUUUAAUUUCACCUUCUAUUGCUUUUUCAUUGAUUACACAUAUAUACCUCAAUGUAAUAAGCCUUCCCAUUUCCCCCUUUAUUUUACGGCUUUUAAAAGACCAAUAAAAUCCAGAUAAUCUCUCUGUGCCCGUCCUUCUCCAUACCUACUUCAAAAGAAUACUGUGGUGCCAUGGAUGUACCAGGUCAUCUCUUGACCUUAUGAGUCAAAUCUCACCUGUUGCACACCACUGAUAAGAGGGGAAGCUUAUGAAGUAUUCAUCAAAUGUUGGCCAUGAGCCUGAGUAGCUUUCUCUCUGGUACAGGCAACAUGUUCAUCAUUUAGGAACAUAAGAAGGGGCUGCUGGGUCAGGCCAAUGGCCCAUCUAGUCCAGCAUCCUGUUCUCACAGUGGCAGCUAUAGUUGCAACUGUAUUAAAACAGCUAGGGCAUGUGUUGCAACUGAUAGGAGGACCCCAAUAUUUAAUAAAGCAUCCACAUUACAUUGCAUUUUCUCCAAAAAAGGCAUCCCACAAAAGCACCAUCUUGAAGAUGCACUGUAAUAAAAUUGGCAUGUUCUAUGGUAUUUUAUGACCUGGAACGCAAAAGUAGCCUUGAGUCAGUUAGUGGGAUAUUAACUAUCAUGCUUUAUGGCGACAGAUGAGAUCAAGUCUCUGCCAAACAUCACUCCGCUCUUCAUCACGAUUGAUCCAGAGAGAGACACGAAAGAAGCUAUUGCCACAUACGUUAAAGGUAAUGUUAACCUCCAUAUCUGGUAUUCUACUUGACUCCCUAAACACCCAGCUUUGUAGAGCUGAAUAGCUUUUCCAACAGUGGAAGAGGGUAAUAAUUUGGGCCCUCAUCUUUAAUGUCAGCUGAUCUAACUAGUUCCAUUUCUGUUCAAGAGUUUUCACCCAAGCUGAUCGGAUUGACGGGUACGAAAGAACAGAUCGACGAGGUGGCUCGAGCCUAUCGUGUCUAUUACAGCUCGGGCCCAAAAGAUGAAGAUAAUGAUUAUAUAGUGAGUAACGUUUUUGCAUAUGUUACAGAUUGAUAACGCUAGUUGGCUCCACAGAAAAGGUUUUGAACUUUCCAAAUGGACAAGGCGAGUUUAGGGGGAGUUUCUCAAUUAAAUCUCUUCUAAAGGAGAGAAUCGGAGGAAACCUACAAGAGGAUGGGGAAAUGGAGGGGUGAAAGUGUUGCCUAGUUGUGGGGGUUUUAUAGGGUUUUGGGGUGUGUCUGAAAAAUAUCUGGAGUUGGAGCAGCUGGCUUGUAGUUGAUGAUAUUUCUGAAUAAGGUGAGAGGAGCAAAGUCGUAAAAGCUAAUAGGCAAUUGUGAGCAAGCGUUACUGGAGGAGAGAGUACAUAGUUUGUUCAUAAUGAGGCGGCUUUCCAUGUGAGACCGCAGUGUUUCUUCAUUUGCCUUUUCUGUCUGCUAGAAUACAAGAGCUCAGAGGUAUCCUUUUUCAUAUGCAGGGAGGCAGUUACUGAAAGGUACCCAUGUUUAAAUUGAUUUGAAAAACAGCCUGGCAGUUAGAAGUAGGCCUCAAUAGGAAUCUUGGAGGUUGGUGUUGCUGCGUAAAGGUGCAGGAUCCAAGCUUGCCUUUUCUUAUUGGCUAGUCCUGAAUGGGCCAUCAUGUGGUCUGAAAAGCCCAGGUAUGCCCUCUUUUAUCACAAGCCAGCUUCCCUUCUCAGAAUACUUAAUGUGAAUUCUGUGUGGGGUGUUAUUUGUCAUGCAAAUUAUUAAAACACAAUUUUGCCACUAGAGGGAGCUAGACAGCAAAUGACACAUGCCUUACCUAUGUCCUGUUCAGCUAAUCUGCCUACGUUGUUUCAGGCAGCAUUUUUAAUUGACCUAGAUCUUAAUGCCUGUUCUUUAGAAUCUAGUUAUUCCAAAGUGCCAGCUUUGUGUUGGUCCCACUUCCCACUUCCGUCCUGUUGACAGAAUGAGAUAGUGACACAACAUGAAUGUUUACCUAUGAUCAGUAUUGACUAAGAGUAAUAUCUGAAUUGGCCUCUUCCCUGUCCCGCCAGAGAAUAUUUCAGUAUUGCUCUUCUUCUUCCGUAAUCUGAAUGAGUAAAUUCAAAUAGAGUGGUGUGUCUGCCCUGUCUUCUUGAAUUUCCAUCACAUGAUGAGCAAGGACUGUCUCUGUGAUGUCAGAAAGAGCCAUGGGGUCUUUGCAUUUUCCUGCUUCCAAGAGGGAUUCCAAUAGGAGACCACUGAGUUGCAUUGGGAGGGAUCAUUCUCUCCGCCCCCCCUCAGAGAAGAGGUUUAUUCUUUGCCAGAACAGAGAAGAACCUUGCAUGUCAUGUGAUACAGGGAAGUUAUGGAGGAUCUUGAAUGCAGAAGGCUAGUUCUGAAGUUUUUAAAAUCCUUAGUCUGCCAUUAGCUCUUAGUGAAAGUUUGGAUUUCAUGGAAGAACCCUGCUUUUUAAAAACACACAAACACAAGGUUCUCAAAAAGCAAACUCCUAUGAGGUUUGCAGGAUGUGGCUGCUUUCACAGCCCUCUUUUAUCGCUUGCUCUCUUUUAGUUCCACUGUCAAGUAAAGAGCCACUGUUUGAGGCACUUCUAGGCUGUCUAACAAGCUGUUGGUUUUAUGAAGAAAUUCAGAGCUAGUGUGGCAGUUUGAUCAUUCUUGUGGGUUACUGCUGACCAGAACUUGCCCUGCUAACCUAACCCUCCUUUCCACUUUAUCCCCAAUUUGUCUUGUGUGUUUUCUGCAGGUGGAUCACACCAUCAUAAUGUACCUUCUUGGACCAGAUGGAGGCUUUGUUGAUUAUUUUGGGCAAAACAAGAAGAAUUCGGAGAUUGCUGCUGCAAUUGCUGGACACAUGAGACAAUAUAAACAGAGCUAGGAGGUGGAAGGUUUUGCACUAGAAAGCAAGGAAGCUGCUUAUCAGGCAGGCUGGUCCCAUGACACUAAAAUGCAGCUAGUAACGUGCCAGGGAGAUCUGAUUAGUUGGGUGAAGUGUUGCGGGAGUAAUCUUUCUUGGCAAUUUCCUUAAGCACUUGAAUUCUCAGCUAAGGCUAUACCUACGGGCUAAGACUCAAAUGGAUUAAAUAAGGAGCUGGACAUCAUACAGCAAAAGUACUUGACCAAAUAUUUUUCUCUGAACGUGCCUUGCUUCUUAAAGGCCUUUAGGGAUGACGCAGAGGAGGUCCCAGUGAGAGGGUCACCACUGCUCAAAUCCAUUCACAGGAGCAUUCAAAUCUUUCCCCGCUCUUGUAGUGUGCGCUUGUGCUGUGCUGAUGCAUGUACAGUGGGGUGCUAAGUUGAACUGUGCUCAAGGUAUCAGUCAUGUGGAGGCUUGCUUGCUAUCUCGGUGUCUUUUGACUCAGUCCCACGGCUUCAACAUUGCUUCCAAAACUUUCCUGACAGGCGUAGGAGCUGCGGUUUUUUGCCUUUUUGAAAUGAUUAUGGUAAGGGUGGUAGCUAUAUUGAUCAUGGAUUAUUGAUCAGGUAAAGUGGCAUUUAAUCCACAAAUAAUGAAAUAAAGUGGAAGAAACCUAGAGCCUGUGUUCUUUGAAAUCUCACAUCAAUUAAAGUGAAUUUCUCUCUCCGAAGUAUGUGCCACCUGUUUCCUUCGCAUGUUUUUUUAUUCCUUAAAAUCUAAUGAACUGAAACAAAACUGGCAGCUAUGGGACACAUGGAUGAAUAUGGCUGUAUAUCAUGCACAUUUAAAUCUGUCAACAGUAGAAGGGGGCAUAUCCCCCCUCCCCCAUGCAGCACUUUUCAGGUGGCACACUAAAAUAAACGGGCCUUUACCCUGACUUUGGAGUGGUAGAAUUGCUUCUUUCUUUCUUUUUUU